UUUGCAAAGUAGCAUUUCCAGUAACAAUGAGAUGCAGGCAGACUUCUGAGGAAGAGACACACGUAGCAUCCUCCGUGCAGUGUGUGGUAUUUAUAGCUGCACGCCUGGGAGUGUGUUAGGGGGAGCAGCAGGCUGCUGCUGGGGGACAGGUCAGGCACAGAGCUAGACAGGAGCUGCUGCUGCUAAGUACGAUCCUUGUGUCGGAGAGGAAGAACAGACCUGUACUGCCGGCUUCCUGCACCCAACAUGCCGACUGCUUCCAGCCUGACAGCCGCGCUCCUGCUCAUCCUGCUGGCAGCAGAGCCCUCGCCUGGCAUCCUGUUGCCAGCCAAGGAAGCUGCACAGUUUCUGCGCCACAGACAAAAGAGGGAAAAUAGCUUUUUUGAAGAGACAAAACAGGGACACUUAGAGCGGGAGUGCGUGGAAGAAAAGUGCAGUAAUGAGGAGGCUAGGGAAGUCUUUGAGAAUAAUCCAGAAACGGACUAUUUCUACCCCAGAUAUUUAGAGUGCAUUCGGAGGUACCAGUUUCCGGAAAGGAGAGACCCCGGUUUCCCUACAUGUGUACACAAUUUACGUGAUCAGUGUUCUUCUAAGCCGUGUCACAGAGCUGGUUCAGUACACUGUAUAGACCUGCAGGGAGAUUUCCGUUGUGACUGCAAGAAAGGAUGGGAAGGGAAAACAUGUAGUCUUGACAUUAAUGAGUGUGCUUAUCUGAAUGGAGGCUGUUCCCACAUCUGUGUUAACAAACCUGGGGCAUAUCACUGUGAUUGUCAGAGUGGCCACCGUCUCCUUGAAGACAACCGAACUUGUGGGGAUAUUGAUGAAUGUGCAGAAUCACCGGAUAUCUGUGGAACCGCAAAAUGCAAGAAUAUGCCAAGUACUUACACAUGCUUUUGUGAAGAGGGCUUUAGAUAUGAUGACUUAUCUAAAAGCUGCCAAGAUAUUGAUGAAUGCGAAGAGAAGCGAUGUGAACAGACUUGCGUCAAUUCCCUUGGAAGCUAUUCGUGCCAUUGUGACGGACGAGGAGGGGUGAAAUUAUCCAAUGAUAUGAGCACCUGUGAGGAUAUAAUGCCAUGUGUUCCUUUCGCAACAGAGAAAAGCGUAAAAUCUUUGUACCUUGGCAGGAUGUUCAGCGGUAUACCUGUGCUCAUGCUACGUUUUAGGAGGAAGCAGCCCAGCAGACUUGUGGCAGAGUUCGACUUUCGAACUUUUGACCAUGAAGGUGUCAUAUUCUUUGCUGGAGGCCACCAAGAUAGCACAUGGAUUGUACUAGCCCUGCGAAACGGAAAGCUUGAGUUACAACUGAAGUACAAUGGAAUAGGGCGAGUGACCAGCAGUGGACCAACCAUAAACCAUGGGUUUUGGCAGACCAUUUCUGUUGAGGAAUUGUAUCAUAAUUUGGUAAUUAAAGUCAAUAAAGAUGCUGUCAUGAAAAUAGCGGUGUCUGGAGAUCUCUUUACACUUGACAGAGGAUUAUACAAACUAAAUCUGACAGUUGGAGGACUUCCCUUUAAAAGCAGUGAGCUUGUACAGCCAAUCAACCCACGCCUGGAUGGCUGCAUGCGAGGCUGGAACUGGCUAAACGGAGAUGACACCUCAAUACAGGAGACCGUGCGGGUGACAGAAAAGAUGCAGUGUUUCGCCAUUGCAGGAAGAGGCUCCUAUUAUCCGGGAAGAGGGUUUGCACUGUUCCUCAUUGAUUACAUGAAUUUAUCUGGUAAGGAGGCCUAUGAGCCAAACUGGACUGUAGACGUCCGUGCAGAGAUAAAUCCUGCUACAGAUACUGGGGUGCUCUUUGCUCUUGUGUCAGAAGACAAAGAAGUCCUCCUGUCGCUAGCUCUUGUUGAUUUUCAUUCUACCACAAAAGUGAAACAGCAGUUCAUCAUCCUGUCUGUAGAAAACACUGUAGUUUGCCGAUUAGAAGUAAAUGUCUGUGAUAAAGAACAUGUUGUGGAGAUCUCUGUAAGUAAAGACCAAAUACUCCUUUCCUUUGAUGGAACACUUGGAGAAACGGAAUUGCAGGAAUCAGAAUUACAGACCAUUCUCACCGCCUUAAAUGACCACUUGCCACAUGGAGUAAAGACCUAUAUAGGAGGAUUACCAGAUGUGGACGUCACUCGCACCCCAGUGACUGCAUUCUAUCAUGGCUGCAUGACCAUCACUGUGCAGCAAAAGACUCUGGACUUGGAUGAGGCUGGGCACAAGCACAGUGACAUCACCUCCCACUCUUGUCCUCCUGUUAGGUCAGACAAAUAGUUCCAGAAGACACUUUGUCUUUUGUUUUUUUUUAAACCUAAGUAUCAUAUUUUUUAUAUAUAUGUAUAAAUUAUUCUGGACUUUGCAGUAUUGUGUGUGUAUAGUUCCGUAAAACACUGAAAUUACGUAAAACCUACUGAUUUUUACAUGGUGUCAAACAGUUUAUGACCAUAGUACCCUGCCUUAUUGGUUACGGAUUGUAAUAUAUUGUAAAUAUUUAAAAAACAAACUAAUGUUAAUUACAAAAAACAUGUAUGGCACGUACAGUACAUUUAAGGAUGAUUGUUUUCUAAAUACAACUGAGAACUGUGGUAAUAUUGAAUCUGUGGCAAAGAUAUGCAAAACUGGAAAAUGUGUUAUAUUUUUAAUAGCAUACACUACUUUUUUUUUUAAUUAACAAUUUCAAUAAAUAAAAAGUUUUCCAAAAAGUUACAACAA